AUGAAGCUCUCCCUCGCCAUCCUCCUGGCGCCCCUCGCCCUCGCCGCCGGACCCCUCCGCAUCGCGACGGUCCACGAACCGCGCUCCGCCUCCGCCGCUGCUGCUCUUACCGAGCGCCAGGCGCCCGUCAGCAUCGACCAGCUCUUCAAGCGCAAGGGCAGCGGCAAGCUCUACAUCGGCGUCUCGGGCGACAACGGCAUCAUGCAGCAGGGCAGGACCGAGGCCAUCGCCAAGGCCAACUUCGGGCAGGUCACGCCCGAGUACUCGAUGAAGUGGGACGCCACGGAGCCGGCGCGGGGCCAGUUCUCGUGGGAGAACGCGGACUACCUCGUGAAAUGGGCCGCGGCCAACGGGAAAUCCGUCCGCGGGCACACGUUGCUCUGGCACCAGGCGCUGCCGGCGUGGGUGGCCGACAUCAGGGACAAGAACGUCCUCGCGAGGGUGCUGCAGGAUCACGUCAAGGCGGUUGUCGGGCGGUAUAAGGGGAAGAUCAGGUCGUGGGACGUGGUCAACGAAAUCUUCAACGACAGCGGCACCCUCCGCAACAACACCUUCUUCAACGUCCUCGGCGAGUCCUACGUCGGCAUCGCCUUCCGCGCCGCCCGCGCCGCCGACCCGUCCGCCAAGCUCUACAUCAACGACUACAACCUCGACAACAAGGACUGGGGCAAGCCCGUCGCCCUGGUGAAGAAGGUCAACCAGUGGAUCGCGCAGGGCAUCCCCAUCGACGGGAUAGGUUCCCAGUGCCACCUCGCACAGAACAUGUCCGACAAGAUCCAGGGCGCGCUGGAACUCCUCGCGACGGCCCGCGUCUCCGAGGUCGCCAUCACGGAACUCGACAUCAACAACGCCCCGCCCGCGCAGUACGCCGAGGUCGUCCAGGCGUGUCUCAACGUGCCCAAGUGUCGCGGGAUCACCGUCUGGGGGGUGAGCGACAAGCAAUCGUGGCAGAGCACGGCGAAGCCCCUGCUUUUCGAUGAGAAUUAUAACCCCAAGCCGGCGUAUAACGCUAUUGUGAAUAAGCUGAAGUGA